CAAUUGAAUCUGGGUUCGGCAUACUCUAGUGGAGUGUUUGAGUGGCGGGGCGGCUCCAGCUCCAAGUAAAAAAUGAUUAUGGAAGAGCAGGAGCUUAUCGUUUGGGCAAAAUCCCCAAUUGCUGCGAUGUAAUCUCCAUGUAACCAGAGAUUCAAACAUCGAUGCCAUGGAGCUUCCUCUAUUCACUACCUUUCAUUCUGUUUCCCGCUUAUCUCUGUGCCCUUUCUCUUCAAAAUGCGCCUUCUAUGGCCGCUUCUUUCACCACGUAAAGUUGAGUAAGAGAUUAGAUUGUAGUAACUCUAAGCGCCCUCUUCGAAUUUGCAUGGGUUCUGUAGAGAACGAUGGAAAUUAUAAUGGUGCGAGUUUCUUGGAGAAUUCUCAGUUCGUUGAAGUGAUUGGGAUUGGUAGCAGGAUGGAUGCUGUUCUUGAUUUCUGCAUGGAUUCGCCUUUCCAGUUAUCGUCGUUGUUGCGAUUCUGGAAUAUUAAUGUUAAAGAUCCCCUGAAUGUGCAAUUACAAGAAAGAAUUCCUGGAAAAGAACUUAAUCCGAGGCUUUUGGAAGCUUCCCAGUUUCUGCAGUCUUGUUCAACGAUUGUUAUCCUUGUGGCUAGUGCUGGGUAUGGCUUGGAUCAUGUUACAGCAAUUGAUUUACUUAAAACAGUAAGAUGUAGAAAUGGAUUUGUGGUUUCUAUUUUCCUGAGGCCUUUCAGCUUUGAAGGACAAAGGCGCCAGGAUGAGGUGAAAGAUUUGGUAGGAAAACUUAAAGAUCAUACAAAUUUUUGCAUUGAUAUUGACACCGACACACUUCUAAACAAGGAUUUGGUCACUCUAGAUGAGGCUUUGAAAUCUGCAAAUAGUGCUGUUCUGUUGGCCAUAAAUGCCAUCUCAGUUCUCAUCUCAGACAUGCACCAGAAAUUAAUUGGUGUACCACAUAAUAAUGUGAAAGAACUCAAAGUUUCAGAGGUUAUGAAAAUUCUGAAAAGCCACAAAGAAGCAAAAAUUGGAUUCGGAGUUGGUAACAGCAUAGAAAGUUCAAUCACACAAGCUCUAUAUGACUGUCCGUUCAUGGGUGCUGGUAUAGAGAACUUAAAUGGCAUCAUUAUUUGCAUCAUUGCAAGUUCAGGUUUUAUUGAAAAUGAUGCUGUGCAUACCUCUUUGCUUACCUUUCGUCAAACCGCAGAAUACACAGGGGAAAUCAUUAUUUCUACAACUCUUGAGCCUAAUCUGGAUCAUGACAUGAUAGUAACAACAGUUGUUGCUGUGGGUUGCAGCGAAGUACAGACUCCACAGAGACAUAACUUGUUAUCCAGACUGGCCUGGCAUUUCCCUUUUGUUUCUAAACUCUUAGGUAGACCCCGUCAACAACCAAAUGAUAAUGAAAGAAUCAAUAGACUUAAAGAUGCACACCUUUCUGUGGGGAUAAAUUUACCAGACUCUGGUUCAUUGGGAAGUGGAAUUGCUAUAGAAGGCAUGCCUAAAUGUAUUGAUAAACACUUUGAGGAACAUGAGACAUUACCAAACAGCAAUUGCAAUGACAGUAACAGUUCAAGGAGUAAUGGAAGCGAACCUAAAGAAAAUGAGAUUGGCUUAUUCGAUGCCAGGACCGACUCUUCUGAUUUUUACAACCAAUCUACUGAAGAAACUACUGUGCUGCACAGGGAGCUACCUAUAAGUUGGAACUUGGGACCAGGGCAUCAGAUUGCACAAGAGUGGGCCAGAUCAAGGACUGGAGCUACUUCUGUGCUUGAUACCCUGAGCCUCUUCCGCCUUCCAGUUGGUGUAAGGCAUCCAGAAGAAUCUAAAGAAGGCCCCAAUAUCUCAUAUGCUGCGGAACUCCCAGAGCUAAAAACUGAUGGUGAUGUCAAAGAACAAAAGCAGAUUAAUUCCAGAAUCUCUUCUUGGGGAUCAUUGACCGAUGCAGGUUUAGUUUUAGUAAGAGAUAUUUAUAAUAAUGCAUCCACUAGGUUGAAGGGCAGAAAUGCUGAUGUAUCCAAAAAACAAGGAGUUCUGUCAGUUCGUGCUGCAUCUAUGUUGGAAGCUGAGAGAGAUUCCCCAACAAAAUGGAGUCCUGUUAUGGAGAUGCAGUACAGAGGAGGGGUGUAUAGAGGGCGAUGCCAAGGAGGUCUUCCUGAAGGGAAGGGCCGUCUUAUCCUUGGAGACGGAAGCAUAUAUGACGGUAUGUGGCGUUAUGGCAAGAGAUCUGGUCUAGGUGCAUUCUACUUUAGCAAUGGAGAUGUAUUUCAGGGUUCAUGGAGGGAUGAUGUGAUGCAUGGAAAGGGUUGGUUUUAUUUCCACACUGGAGACCGAUGGUUUGCAAACUUUUGGAAGGGAAAGGCCAAUGGUGAAAGCCGUUUCUAUUCGAAGUCUGGCAAAGUCUUUUUUGGCCAAUUCCAAGAUGGUUGGCGACAUGGCCACUUUCUUUGCAUUGAUGUUGAUGGAGCAAGAUGUGUGGAGACAUGGGAUGAUGGUGGUCUUGUGAGCCGGAAGCACUUGGACUAUUAAAGUGAUGCUGGAUAGAAAAAUUCUCUUUUAUUAUUAUUAAUUUUUUUUUCACUUGCUUGUAUAUCCCCAAUGUUUUCACUUAUAUGUCAUAAGAAGUUUUGAACAAGAACGUUCAGAACCUUUAUGCUGCUGUGUAGUUUCCCUUCUGGUAACCCUCUCACAUUUAUUCACGUUCGGAUUCAAAAAAGUUGAAGACAAUAAACCGGUAUAUGAAAAUUUGUUUGCCAA